AGUGUAUUCUCUCAUCCCGUUAUAAAAUAGAAGAUGGAGUAUGCUCUGAAACUUUUGUUGAAAUGAGCCCAGAGAUUGUUUUGGAUCACAGUUUACAAGGCUCGUCGUUUCAUAGUGCAGCUAUUUAUGUAAGGCUUAGAAUUGGCCUCUUUUUCUGAGAGUUGUCAGUAUUGCAGAAGGAGGACAUUGGUGUUAUCUCUUGAGCAGAACACAGUUUCAGUCACUGCAAAAUUUAUUUAGAAUGGAAAAGAGCAUCACAUAUUCUUAUGCAGAAGAAGAAGAAUCUGAGCAGAUGAAACGGAAGUUUGAAAUGGGAACUUCAACAAUGAAAAAGAAAUUUAGAACAAGCAUGGAAGAGCUUGUGGAUGUUCCAGUUUCAUCUAUUAAUUUUUCAAUAGCCAGGGCAGAACAAACAUUGAGGUCCACACUUUAUCACAUACCAAAAUGUGAUGUCAAAGACUUGUGGUUCGAAACUAGGGGGCAAAGAAAAGGCGGAUUUCGGAAUGAUAUGGGGAAGAUGGAAGUCAAGGUGCUCCAGGCCUGCAGAGCCUUACGUGUAAGGACGGAUCACAAAGCCUCAUAUAGGAGGGCUGAAGAGAAAUCCAGACAAAUGAAAGAGUUCAGAGAGCUGUGUGCAAGACGAGCACCUAUGUUCUGGAUCCCGCUUAGGGCGCAUUGUGUGUGGGAACGGAUGUCUGUCACGCUAGCGUGCACCGUAAUGGGCACACCUAGGCCAUCUGUACAGUGGUUUAAAAAUGGCCAGCCUAUUGAACUGAGAACAUCACCUCCUGGAAAAUACAGGAUACUUAAUGAAUAUGGCAUGUUAACCUUAGAGAUCCGCAGAUGUUCCAUGGAAGAUUCUGCUGACUACAGUGUUGUAGCUACUAAUGAUUUUGGCCAGGCAACCUCCUUCGCUAAUGUGGUUGUAAAAGACCAUAAACAAUUUAAAAGCAGGCUGGGACUCUGUCUCAUAUCCUGCCUCCGAGCUUUAUUGCCACCCUAUGAAGGAGAGUUCACCAGUGUCUUGAGGCCUGUGUUUACCAAAGAGAAGGAAUCAUUUGUCUUGUCCUGUUCUGUGUCCUCCAGCCUGGAGAGACACAAGCCAAGUGUCCAGUGGUUUAUGGAUGGAACACCACUAAAAGAGGCAGAACACAGAGAAAUAAUUUGUAAGGGGUGUGAAAUUUCUCUUCGUGGAUCCCCGGCUUUCAAAGAAGAAGAAGGAUUCUAUACGAUCAGUGUGCCUGCUGCAUCUGGUCACCAGGAGCAAACUGCCUAUAUGUUUGUAAGAGAUGCUGAGCCAGAGAAUGCCGGUGUGCCAGGAUCACCACUUUGUGUGCAGUGUAAUGAUAUACAAAUGGAUUGUCUAGUGUUAUCUUGGAUUCCUCCAAGUGAUGAUAGAGGCAGUCCUGUGUGUGGUUACUACAUUGAGAGAUUUGAUACUUCAACACAAGAGUGGAUGAGGUGCAAUGAAAUUCCAGCAAAGAUCUGCCGAUAUCCUGUAUCUGGUCUUAUUCCUGGUCAUACAUAUCAGUUUAAAGUAAGAGCGCUCAACCAGGUUGGUGUCAGCCAUCCAUCAAAAGCAAGUGAUCCUGUGACUACAAGAGAUCCGGCACAGGAAGAAAAAACAAUAGUAAUACCAUAUAAUGAAGGACGGAAAAUUACUGUCAACAGAGAUGAACUGCAAGAAGAUGUCAAGGUGCCCUCACCCCCAAGAAAUGUUCAGGCUUCUGAGAUCACAGAGGACUAUGUUGUACUUCGUUGGGAUGAACCAGAUCCUCGUGGCAAGGAGCCUCUAAAAUACUAUGUAGAAAAGUCUGUUGAAGGAAGCGACAAAUGGGAGAGGAUCAACCUGGAAGGACCUGUGUAUUCUCCAAGGCUUUCCGUGCUGGAUCUUGAUAAAGAGAAAUCAUACCGUUUCCGAGUACAAGCUGUGAAUAAAUAUGGAGCCAGUGAUCAAUCCGAGCCUAGUGCACCUAUUUCCCUUAAAACAGCAUUGGCUCUUCCUCCGGCACCUGGACACAUUUUAGCACUCAGAGACACAAAGACAUCUGCCUUAGUGCAGUGGGGUAAGGUUGAAGCUAUUCCAGAGAUUCUUGGCUAUUACCUUUACAGUCGAAUGUUAGGUGAAGAGGAUUGGCAACCAGUAAACAACAAGCCUCUUCAGUCUACUAGGUUUACUGUUCCUGAGUUGCAGACCGGGAAAGACUAUGAGUUCUGUGUAAGAGCAGUAAAUGAAGUUGGACUGAGUGAACGGUCACCUGUAUCAAACCCUCUGAAUAUAAAUGAGGCCAUUUAUUGUCCAUCGGCUCCUUAUGAUUUUGAUCUCUUAGAUUGUGGUAAAGAUGAAAUGACCAUAUGUUGGAGGGCUCCUAAAUUCACAGCAGGAAAGGAAAUUUUGGGAUAUUUUCUGGAUCAGCAUGACUCUAUGGAGAUGUCAUGGCGGGAUGUCAGUAGUGACCCAAUUCCUUCCAGGGUUUAUACGGUGAAAGGCCUAACUGAGGGAAAUUUUUAUGAGUUUCGUGCUCGAGCAAUAAAUAUGGCUGGUGUUGGAAAGAUGUCAGAGCCAAGCGAUCUUUAUAAAUGUGAAGAAUGGACCAUGACUGAGCCAGGUCCUCCUUAUGAUGUCCGAUGUAGAGAAGUACGUGAUAGCACACUGAUGCUUCAUUGGGAGCCCCCUGUAUACAUUGGGAGCAGCCCAGUCAAUGGCUACAUAGUAGAAGUAUGUCAGGAGGGCACUGAGGCAUGGAGGAAGAUUAACCAGGAGCCCACAAUGGAAUCACAUAUGAGGAUCUCUGAGUUGGAAACAGAUAAAAAGUACCAGUUCCGUGUCCUGGCUGUUAACACAUCUGGACCAGGCAUUCCAUCUCUCCCAUCUGAUCCUGUGUUGCCUGUCACUAAAGAAGGCACGAAUGAAAUUGAGGUUGGGGUAGACGAGGAAGGAUUUAUUUACCUUUCAUUUGAAAACCCAGAGCCAGUUGACAAUCCACAGUUCCUCUGGUCCAAGGACUACAAGGGAGCUCCAGACUCAGAGAGAACAGACAUUUCUACCGAUGGAAAUAAGUCUAAACUUAUUCUAACAAACCCUUCUGAGGAAGAUGUAGGCACCUAUGCUGUUGAAGUGCCAAAUACAGAUGGAGUAUCAGCUAGUCACAUGCUAACAAAGGAAGAACUAGAGGAACUGAUGCGCAAAAGCCAUGAUGUACGACAUCCACUGAUACAGAAAAUCUCAGGCUGGAAUGUGGAAGUACUGGAGAAUGGGGACGUGCGCCUCUGGUUACAAGUAGAAAAACUGUCCUCUGAUGCAAAUUUGGAGAUGAUUCUUAAUGACAAAGUCAUCCAAAAUACACCGAAAAGAAAAAUAACAUUUGACAAGGCAAAUGGACUUAUUGAAAUAAUUAAGGAAGACUUUGGUGAAGAAGAUAAAGGAACGUAUACUGCAAAAGUAGUAGAUGGAAAAGCAUCUAACCAGCUCAGUGUUACCCUUACUGGGGAAGAUUUUGAUAAAGUUUAUGAUGAGUCCCAAAAGAAAAAGAAGGCAUGGAAAAAAAAACAAGGACCACAUUUUGAGGAGCAGCUUGCGUGGAAGCCGGAGAGAUCAUGUGGCCGCUCAUCUCCUCCUGCAGAAGCUCUGUCUGGUAGCUGUAAAGCGCCCGCGAGUCACAUGACCAGCCUGAAGACAGCUCAAAUCCGCCUGACUGAAAUUAUAGAGUUUUGUUGGCUUUACAUUAAGAAGGAGUGUUUUUUGCAGGUUAAAAAUACAAAAACAGAGACCACGCUCAAGUGGUCUGUGGACAAGAAACCACUAUCUAACGGACAAUUUGAUAAUCAAACUGGGUCAGGGACACUUGUAAUGAAAAAGUUUACAAAUGAAGAUAAAGGACUUUACAAAGCUGUGGUAAAAGAUAGCAGGGGAGACGACACAACUGAAAUGGAUCUUACCAAAGAAGGAAUUGAAGAUAUAAUGCAGGAAAUUUGUAGAAUAAGUGCAAUGUCUGCCUCCCCACUGAAAUGUAAAGGCACAGCUGACGGAAUUAAGAUUUACAGCGAUGUGAAAUAUUUCAUGGAGAGCAUGAAUCCUGUGUGGCACCACAAAGAUAAGAAAGUAAGCAGUACAGAUCGACUUAAAUCAGGAAGCACAAUGGAACAGGUUUGGCUGCACAUUACAAAUCCUACAGAGUCAGAUCGGGGCUUGUACAUGCUGGAACUGUCUGAUGGCAAGGACAUUCAUAAGCGAACGUUUGACCUAAGUGGUAAAGUAUUUGAUGAUUUAUUGGCAGAACAACAGAAAUGCAAGGAAGAAGAAAUAAUAGAAAAAAAUCGAGCUAAAGUGGUCCGAGGUCUUCCAGAUCUGGCAACAAUAAUGGUAGACAAGACUUUGUGUUUGACAUGUCACAUAUCUGGAGACCCUGCUCCUGAAGUCUCCUGGGUGAAGAAUGAGAAGAAAGUGAUAUUUAAAGAUCGUUAUAAACUUGAAGUUCAUGGUACUGUGGUAACUUUGACCAUAGAGAAAAUCUGUGCUGAAGAUUCAGGCCGAUAUCGUAUAACUGUGAAAAAUAAGUAUGGAUCAGAGGUUGGGCAGGUAACAGUAAGUGUAUUUAAGCAUGGUGAAGAGCCGGAAGAACUGAAGUAUGUACCGGACAUAACUGCAGAUCUAGAGUCACUGAUGACACCAUGAGAAGAAGAGGAAACCCUAACACAUGU